GAACCUUUUAUAGCAUUCCAUAAUGAUCUUUCUCACCCAAAAAAAUUCCUCAAGGCUCUCCAUGUGGGAACACUAGCACUCUCAGAGAAACAAACCAAAGAUAUCGUGGAAGAUUUUGAAGAAUUAAGAAAGAAAGCAGAAAAAAUGGGCCUCUUCCAACCUAGUUAUUUUUUCUUUGCUGUGGUUUUGCUACAUAUAUUGAUACUGGAGGCACUUUCAUACUUAAAUAUGUGGUAUUUUGGAACUGGAUGGAUACCUUGGAUUGUGUCUGUUGUUCUGUAUUCCACUGUUCAGGCUCAGGUAGGCUGGCUGCAGCAUGACUUUGGGCACCUGUCAGUGUUUAAGAACAGUAAAAUUGACCAUGUUCUGCACCAGUUUACCAUGGGGUUUAUUAAGGGUGCAUCUGCACAUUGGUGGAACCACAUGCACUAUCAACAUCAUGCAAAACCAAAUGUGAUGGGUAAGGACCCUGAUGUCAGGCUGGAGGAGUUAUUUGUGGUUGGUGAGACUAUGCCUGUUAAGAUUGCAAAGAAAAAGAAAAAUUCCAUGCCGUACAAUCUGCAACACAAGUAUUUUUUUGUCAUUGGACCACCCCUGCUCUUCCCAGUGUACUUUCAGAUAAUGCUGUUCAGACACAUCUUCACCAGAAAAAAGUGGCUGGACCUCUUCACUGUAUCAUUGUUCUUUGCAAAGCUAUUUUACCUGUAUACCCCACUGUUAGGCGUCGGAGGAACCAUUCUGUUUUAUUUUACAAUAAGAUGUGUAGAAAGUCAUUGGUUCACUUGGGUUACUCAGAGUAACCACAUUCCUAUGGAGAUUGAUGAGGACAAGGAGGAGCCAUGGAUGCCACUCCAGAUGCAUGCAACAUGCGAUGUGGAGCAGUCAUUUUUUAAUGAUUGGUUUACUGGACAUCUCAACUUCCAGAUAGAACACCA